AUGACUACAUCUGCUCAGAUUUAUUUGGUAGUGUCCAUGUUCGCAAUUGUGGGCAUCUCGGUUCUCGGAGUUUUUGAGAACCGAUUAUUCGUGUUGUUUGCUGAAAAUACCGUUUGGAGGUAUUUGAGGAUUCCUUUCUUCGCUCUGAACUACUCCCUGGCUCUUCUGUUUUUCAUUCCUCCGUAUCUGAACAUUCCGGACCAGAAAAUUGCAUUGGAGGAAGUUUUCAAGAUACUCCCACCCGAACUACCCUCGUAUAUAAUCAACGGACCUGUCUUUGUACUCGCUACAGACGCUACUUACGCAUUCUUAUCUAUUUUUUUAAUCACAAUUUUCAUCAUAGCGGAAACGUUGCUCUGUAUUUUCUUUAUUGCUGUAAAUACAAAAUGUCUCGCCAGAAAAAUGCAUCUUUCGCAAACAACACUCAGAAUGCAACGAAAGUUUCUGAAUGCAAUCCAUGUUCAGAUGUACACUCCACUAAUUAUUCUCAUAAUACCUCUGAUUUAUAUCGCCUACUCUAUCAUUUCCAAAAAUUAUAACCAGGCUGCAAACAAUCUUUGUUUCAUUAUGAUUUCUUUUCACGGGUUGGCAUCAACUAUUGUUAUGGUACUCAUCCAUAAAUCUUAUCGAGAAGCCUGCAUAGACAUAUUUUGUUUCCGAAUGCAAUAUAAGACUACUCCAAUAGUCGAGUCUAGGCGGAACAGCUUUGUAUCAUAUGUCCCAAGAUCGAAGAUUCGAGAUGACGUGGUUGUUGUGGCACAUCAAAUCACCUACUGA